UCUCUCUCAUUUCUGAGAGUACAACAACUGGUGAACAUCUGAAGUCUGAGCUUAGGAACUAGAAACUAUAAAGUCUAACUCAGGACAGAUACGAUUUAUCUGUUCGUUACUAAAAAAAGAAAGUAACCAAAACUAACCGUGCGUAAUUACGCGGCGUAAAAACUAGAAGAAUGAUUGCCACAACCGCUAUGGAAGUGAACGCCGAAGCCAGACGGAUCCUGGCCGUGUCGAUAAGCAAGCUGUACGCCUCCAGGAGCCAGAGAGGCGGGCUGAGACUGCACCGGAGCCUCCUGCUCUCCCUGGUCAUGAGGUCUGCCCGGGACAUCUACCACUCCUCCCGGGAGAUUGAGAUGCCGUGCGCCGCGCAACCGACUCCGGAACCGAUGGAGACGAGCUCCAGCAGCCCAGCGGGGGAACAGAUUGUUCCGGAGUCUCAGCCGGAGCUCCAGACCUCAGAGGAGUCGGAAAGCGGAGACGAAGGGUGUGAGGAGGGUGAUAUCACAGAGGACAAAGAGAACAUGAGCCCCACCAAGCAGUCCAGGAAACGCCGGGGAAAAGCAGCGGCGGCGCCAGACUUCCUGCCCAUUAAGAGGGCGAGGCUGGAGCCCGGGGAGGAGAGGCACGCGGCUCCACACUGCCGAGGAGCGGAGUCUCUGAGCGCGUUGUCUCUGAAUCUAAACCGGGCGAUAGCUGCCUUCUGAGGGGACAAAACAACCUCCUAUGUAAUGGAGUGAUUCUGAACUUUACGUAACCGAAAAAGGGCUGGUUUGACCCCCUUUUACGCACCGAGGAGCUGAGCGACACCGCCGGUCCCGGGACUGAAGGAUUACCCGGGCCACAGUGCGAGCUCUCCGGCUGCUGAAGGAGCCCCGGAGAGGCAGAGGAACCAGGCCUGAUGGAGCACAGGCUGGGAAAAGUUAGAGGAAGAAACUUAAAGGGUUUUUUAUUCUUUGUUUCCUGGUGAUUCACACUUAGCAUGAGUCCAAACAAGAGACUGGCGCUGACUCAAAGUGUGUGAAUGAGUGAAUCAGCACAUGAGUCACAGAAGAAGAAAUGAACUCAUAAGACUUUUGGGGAAUUUCCUGCCAAACAACUCAAACAGGAAGGACUUACACACACAUACAAACACAUUCAAAUGCUGCUGUGGACUUUUGGUAGAUCGAUACUACUGCUGUGGGACUUUCCUGUGAUCACGUGGUGCUUUGAGAGCAACAGCACGAGCUGUCUGGAGAAGAGAUGUAAAGUCACUGAAAUGUUAAUGUGUCAUAUCAGACAUGUGAACGAUAAUAUUACCUCACAUUCAAAGCUGCUUUUUUUACCUGAAUGAUGAAUUCAUUUUGUGUAAAUAUUUGAAAUAAACACAUUCAAAGGUA